AUGAGACUGAUACUACCUCUUCUCAGCGGUGUUGGACUCGCAGCAGCAGCAGCCCAACAUCGGCUUCGUCAACCUGCUCUCGAGUUAGCCGAUCUGAUAUUUCAGAACGGUUCGAUCUACACUCUGGAUUCCGCAUCAACCAAAGUCAGCGCUCUCGCCAUCAAGAACGGCAGCAUCAUAUACGUCGGCAACGAUGCCGAUGCUCAGCGCUUCAUAGGUGGUGGUACCAAAGUCAUCAAUCUCGAAGGCCGCAUGGCCAUGCCGGGACUGAUAGACGUGCAUAUGCAUGUUCUCCAGGCUGGGCAGAACUUGCUCAAAUGCAACUUCAACUACCAACGCCUCAGCCGCCAGCAAGUCUUGGAGCAUCUGCAAGUCUGCAUCGACACCGACGACACCGCGGAAGAUGCUUGGCUGGACGCUGUCAACCUGAACUACAUCUCUCUGGUUCUCGAAGGCGACAGUCUCACCAAAGAGGACCUCGACACUCUCAAUACGACCCGACCCAUGUCACUGAGAUCCAACGAUUACCACACCUUCGUCCUCAACUCUCGCGCACUGGAGCUUUCAAACAUCACCGAUUCGACUGCCAACCCCCCGGGCGGUGUCAUCGAACAUCUACCUGGAACACAGGAGCCGUCUGGCAUUCUCUUGGAUGGCGCCAAUAUCCUCAUAGCUGGCCCUCCGGCUUUCACCGACGAGGAGAACGCCGAGGCCGGGCGAGCCGCCCAGCAGAUUCUUCGCCAGAACGGCAUCACCACUUGGCAAGACGCGCUGGCCACCAACGAACACUGGGGCCCCUGGAACCUGCUCAAGGACAGUUCCGAGCUCAGUUCCCGCGGUUACUUCGACUACCGCAUCCAGCCCCCGGCGACCUUGGAGGCAGUCGAUGCCGUCGUCGCCGAAACCAUCGCCCUACUCGCUUCUCGAAACGACAACGCCACCAUAAGCGCCCAGCCGACUCUCAAAUGGCAAGCGAUCAAGGCUCUGUUGGACGGCAUCAUGCCCUUCUCCGCCCGCACUGCCACCAACACGGAUCCCUUCUGGCUUCCCGUAGGCAAUGGGACGAACGGAACACAGGAGUGGGCUCCUGACCCGAGUGCUAUCGCGCCUCUAUAUUGGGAUCCGGAGAUUCUGGCCAAGACUCUCGAAGGUCUGUGGCUGGGCGGAGCUGAUGCUCAGUUGCACGUCGACGGUGACCGUGCCGUUCAUGUCAGUUUGGAUGCCGCAGACGCCUACCACCGCGCGCAUCCCGAUGCUCCUCCCAUCCGCCUCGCUCUUGCUCAUGCCAGUCUUACCCUUGAGGAAGACUGGCCGCGUUUUGCGGAGCUCGGAGUGGACGUUGUAUACCAGUUUCAGUUCUCUCAACUGGCUCCCAUGUGGGUUCCCGACACGUUUAGAAGUAUAGGUGAAUACCGUAUGGACAAGCUCGAUGCCUAUGCACAGAUUGAGGCAGCAGGCCGUCCCGUGGUGCACGGCAGUGACUGGCCUGUCGAUCCGCUUGACGUGUGGUUGGCACUCAAAGCCGGUGUGACGCGCCGCGGCGACCCCUCAAACCCCAACUCGGCCGCCUCGAUGGGCGAGCUCUACGACGGCCCAUUCCCCGGACCAGGCAUCUCUCGCGAGUCGGUUCUGAAAGCAGCCACCAUCAACGGGGCCAAGUUCCUCCGAGCACAUGAGCAGAUCGGGUCACUGGAGGUUGGCAAGCUCGCCGAUGUCAUCGUCGUCGAGAACAACUUCUUCGAAGUUCCCGACGAAGAGCUCGGACGCAACAGGGUGCUGCUUACCAUGCUUGGGGGCGAGGUCGUGUUUCUCGAGGACGGCGCUCAGACUACCUUUGGGAGAGGCAUCACGCCCAAGUUUCCCAACGACAACGCGGUCGCGGCCAAGAUGGCUCGUAGAGUCAUCGGAGGGCUUCAUGGCGAACACCUCGAUGCCCACGAGCGUGCUGAGGUUGCUAGGAUGAGAAAGCGCCAGGGAUGCGGGCAUGGGCACGCUCACUAG